AUGGCACCAGGCAAUGAUACCCAACUUUCAGAAUUUCUUCUUCUGGGAUUAUCAGAUGAACCAGAAUUACAGCCCCUCAUAUUUGGGCUUUUCCUCUCCAUGUACCUGAUCAUUGUGUUUGGAAACCUGCUCAUUGUCCUAGCUGUCAGCUCUGACUCCCACCUCCACACACCCAUGUACUUCUUCCUGGCCAACCUGUCCUUUGUGGACAUCUGCUUCACCUCUACCGUCAUCCCAAAGAUGCUCUGGAACAUCCAGACUCAGAGCAAAGUCAUAACCUAUGCAGGCUGCAUCACACAGAUGUACUUUUUCCUACUCUUUGUAGAAUUAGACAUCUUUCUCCUGACUGUGAUGGCUUACGACCGCUUUGUGGCCAUCUGUCACCCCCUGAACUACAUGGUCAUCAUGAACCCCCGGCUCUGUGGAGUGCUUGUUCUGGUGUCCUGGAUCAUGUGUGCCCUGAAUUCCUUGUUAGAAAGCUUAAUGGUAUUGCGGCUGUCCUUCUGUACAGUCUUGGAAAUCCCCCACUUUUUCUGUGAACUCAAUCAGAUGAUCCAACUUGCCUGUUCUGACACUUUUCUCAACAACAUGGUGAUGUAUUCUGGAAUUAUGCUGCUGGCUGGUGGUCCCUUUGUUGGGAUACUUUACUCGUACUCUAAGAUAGUUUCCUCCAUACGUGGGAUCUCAUCAUCUCAGGGCAAGUAUAAAGCAUUUUCCACCUGUGCGUCUCACCUCUCGGUUGUCUCUCUAUUUUAUUGUACUGGCCUGGGAGUGUACCUCAGCUCUGCUGCUACCCAGAGCUCCCACUCAAGUGCCACAGCCUCAGUGGUGUAUACAGUGGUCAUACCCAUGCUGAACCGCUUCAUCUACAGCCUGAGGAACAAAGACAUGAAGGGGGCUCUGAUGCGGAGAAAGGGGAACACUUUUGCAGUGUUGGUGGGAAUGCAAACUGGUGUAGCCACUCUGGAAAACAGGACUUUGACCUGCUCAGACCCUCUUGGGGAGGGUCUCGCCAAGCAAUGGCCAGGUGUCAGCCCACCCCCAGGAAGGUUUGUGCACCUGUGCUGCUGCAGAUGCCCAGAGACUGUGGCUGGGUGCCUGCCCAGCCCAGAAAAAGUUUAUGCAAUCACGUAG